UCACACAUUUGUCUCUCUUUUCUCUCUCUUGUUAUGUGUGCUGUUUUAUGACAUGUCCAUGACACCAACUAAUCGUUAUUCACUACCUUCUCCUCCUAUGCCUUUUGAUCUUAGUAACAAUGAAGAUCAUAACCACCAUCUCUUCAAUACAAACAUUCAUCAACCCUCCUCUUCAUCUUCUUGCCUAUCAUAUUCCACACUUUUCAACCAAAAUCAAGAUCAAGGUCGCUCCUAUUCUUCUGAACCAAAUCACAUACAAAGUGAUCUAAAGGUUGUGAAGUUGGUUCCUUCCAGUGGAUCAUGUGAUCAUCAAGAACUAGAGAAAGAAAAUAGAAAUGGAGCGUUUGAACCAGAGGAUAAUAGUUCAAUGAAGUGGAUGCCAUCAAAGAAGAGAAUAAUUAAGAGAAUGAUGGAAGAUCAAAGGGUUUCCGAGCAUAAUUUUGAAAAAGAAAAAGUAUUAUCGCGUGUAGAAACCGAUAAUAGUAGCAACAACAUUGGCUCAAACAACAACAAUAUGAUUGUUAGGGUUUGUAGUGAUUGCCACACAACUAAGACCCCUCUCUGGAGAAGUGGACCAGCAGGUCCUAAGUCUCUCUGCAAUGCAUGCGGGAUUCGACAAAGGAAAGCGCGGCGCGCACUCGCAGCAACUGCAUCUGCAAAUGGUGAGAAUCACGUGGCUGCUGAGAAGCCCUAUGUGAAAGGAAAGAAGUUGCAAAUCAAAAGGAAAAUGUCAAAAACUGAUGAAUGUGCACCACCACAUUUGAAAAGGAAGGGUAAAAUUGGAAAAAGUUCAACUAGUUUUGAAGAUUUGAUAACAAGUUUGAGUAACAACUUUGCUUCUCAUCAAGUUUUCCCUCAAGAUGAGAAAGAGGCUGCUAUUCUACUCAUGGCUUUGUCUUAUGGAUUACUUCAUGAAUUUGAUUCCUUGUAAUGGUUACUUAGAUUUAUGAGAUAAUAAGUUAUGUUAUAAUAAUUUGUAUGAGAUUAGUGUUUCAUACGUUGGGGAAAGAGGGUGUUGGAAAUAAAGAUUGUUGGGGACAUUUAUAAUAGGGACAAUAAAGGAUUUGGAAGGGUACAUGUGAGGUUUUAUUAAUUAUGUUGGAAUUGAGCUUGUAGACAAAACACAAAACGUGUGUCUCUUGUCUUGUAUGAUCGUACAAUUCUCUAAUAGCCAUUCAAUAAAAUUAUUACA